AUGUUCUUAGUUCUUAGACCUCAAUGUUCCACCACACAGAAGCUAGUAAACUCCUUUCCACAUGUAUAUACCUUGACUUGAAACAAGGCCCCAUCUUGUUAAAACAUCCUUAUUUUAGUUCAUCCCAUAAAUUCCUACUUGUAAUAUGCAAUUAACCUAAAAUAUUUAAUAUCACUACGACUAAACCUCUCUACUUUCUGCAAGUUGAAAGAAAUGGAGCAUAUUAAGUAGUGUAUCAUAGGCCAACUUGUUUCCUGUAUACUUAAAGCACUUCAUUAUUCUCUAAUCACGGACUGAUAGUCAUGUGAUUUGCUUCCAGAUCUGCCAGAGAAAUUGUCAACUCCUUUUAUUAUACUCUGUUGCAAGUCCCAAAGCAUUGACUAUCGAUUAUAAACUACGCAAAGCAUUACACAGAUCCAUCUUAAACUGCAAGUUUCUUCUUCAAGAUCUAGUUAGAAUGAACCAACGCAAUAUAACUGAGUAUUUUACUGGCAAAUUGCAGAAAAUAAAAUAUGACUUGAUAAAGAAAAAGUUCUUGGCCUACUCUAUAAGAGGCCAAGGGGGAAAACAAACUUCACCAUCUUGAGCGGAGAAAAUGAGUAACCUAAUAAACAAGUGGUUUUUCGCCAUUGUGAUACUCUUCCUAGCUGGUCUAACAGAGAUCAAAGGAGGAGAACUUAUAACCUGCAAUAACAGGAAAAGCAAAUGCUUUCUGAAACGAUUUAACUGCCCACCAGAAUGCCCAACAGUACAUCCAAGUCAACCAAACGCUAAAGUUUGCUAUCUCAAUUGUAAUUCCCCCAUGUGCAUGCCUGAGUGCAGAAACAGGAAGGCGAAUUGCAAUCACCCCGGAGCAGCAUGCUUGGAUCCUCGCUUCAUUGGUGGAGAUGGAAUUGUCUUUUACUUCCAUGGCAAGAGCAAUGAGCAUUUCAGCUUAGUUUCAGACCUUAAUCUCCAGAUUAAUGCUCGCUUCAUUGGCCUUCGACCUGCUGGUAGACCCCGAGACUACACAUGGAUUCAAGCUCUUGGAAUCCUCUUUGACACGCAUGCUUUCUCUGUUGAGGCUACCAAGGCAAAGACUUGGGACGACCAAGUUGAUCACCUGAAAUUCUAUUAUGACGGAAAGGAGUUAGGCAUACCAGAAGGCUAUCCAUCUACAUGGGAAUCCUCUGAAAGCAGCAGCAUUAAGGUAGAAAGAACUUCAAGCAAGAACGGUGCUUUGAUCACACUUUCAGAAGUUGCAGAAAUUUCAGUUAAUGUAGUACCUAUUACAAAAGAAGAUGACAGGAUCCACAACUAUCAGUUACCUUCUGAUGACUGCUUCGCUCACCUGGACGUGCAGUUCAGAUUCUAUGGACUCUCGACGAAGGUUGAAGGUGUUCUUGGCCGAACUUACCAGCCAGACUUCAAGAAUCCAGCAAAACUAGGUGUUGCGAUGCCUGUAGUGGGAGGUGAAGACAAGUACAGAACUCCAACCCUUUUGUCUCCCAACUGUAACUCCUGUAUCUUCUCUCCAGCUGGAGUUUUGGAAGAAUCAGACCCACUAGUCAUGGAUUUUGGGGCUUUAGACUGUACUGGGGGAUCAAGCAGCGGCCAUGGAAUAGUUUGCAGAAAAUGAGGACUCUAUUGGGAUUUUGUUUCUUUUGUUUCAAUUGAAAAAAUUGUCACCUGCAGAAAAUAAAAAGCUUUUUUGUUCCACCAAUCUAUGUCAAAGCAUGGAUUUCUAGUUUUA